AUGGGUGAACGAAUCUACCACGGAGCCCAUUCCUGUUCUGGCACCAACCUCAGGAAAUGCCAGGAUUUAGGAGAUUCAAUUCUUCUGAUUCUGGGCACCUUCAUCUUGCUCAACGUGGGAAUCAAUGUGGUGACUCUGCUCUGGAAGCAUCUGAAGAGCUCUUUGCGGAUUCUUUUCCAUCACUAUUUCCCCAAAGGCUUCCUACCCGGGCAUGUCAAUCACCUUGACUCUUGGAUACCAGAUACAAAUGAUGAGAACAUUUCUAGGUGCUGCUGGAUGCCACCCCAGUGUGGACAUGGCAGGGCUCCCACGGAAGCCCCGUGGGAACUGUGGAAAGAAGGGCUGAUAGGAGCUGGAGAAGCCCCUCCCGCCACAGCCACGAAGACUCAAGCUUCUUCCUUUUCCAGGCCAGAGAUCUCUCCCCAGAUUCCAAAGAUAAGCAAGCUGAACAUGGUUCCGCCCUCUUCACCCAAAGACAACAAGACUAAGGCGACAGUUGACAGUCCACCCCAUGCUCCGGCCCAGGCUCUAACCUAUACCUCAACCAACACCCAUGAGCACCCCUCCACCCAGUCCCAGACUCAGACCUCGGAGCACUCUGAAUUCAGGGCACAGGGUGUUAAGCAUACCUCGGCCCACACACCGCCAUCCCGUGCAGCAGAGUUUACCCCAGCCCUCAGUGAAGUACCAAAACCAGCCAAGGCUCCACCUCCUACGUCAUCCCGUCACCCAGCACCCACCUCACCCUAUCCCCCCACCCAGGCCCCAACUCAUAGUCAAUCCCAUGCCUUGGGACAGACCCUGCCCUCCAGCCCACUAUCAACCACAACCCCAGCCCAAGGUUUAGCCCACAGCCCCAAGAAAAACUCUGUCCAUACAUCACCUCAACCCCCAACCAAGUCUCCUGCAUAUGCUUCCUUCCAGUCCCAAGGCCACGAUCCAGUCCAAAUCCCAGUACACACCUUGACCCGCGCCCAAGCUGAUGUCCCUAAAGAAACAACGUCUCAAGUCUUAGGACAUGUCCCAUCCCAUUCUCCCAUUCAUCUGUAUGCCCGUAACUCAGCGCCCAACCCAACCUCUGCCCCAGCCCCUUCCUCAACCUUCACCCCCGCCACUUGUGUCCUGGCCCCUGUCCCAACCUGUGCCCCAGCCCCUGCCCUAGCACUGUCCAUGACCAUGACUACUACUCAAGCACCUGCUCAAGUUCCUACCACCAGCUCUACCCCUAUCCUGUCUUCUGUCCCUUCCAUGGUGGCUACUUUUGGCCCCAGCUUUCCUACUAGCCAUAUGGUCUAUGAUGCCCGAAGAGUGAAGCAGAACACGUUCCCUAAACACAGCUCCCAGGACUCGAGGUACUUCAGGAAGGACUUGAACACCCUCUCUAGGCCUCAAGAGGUGACGGGCCUGGUAAAUUCUAGUACUACUGAGCAAACACCAAAGCAGCAUGGUGGAGACAGUGCUGAGCCUCCUUCAGGGCCUACGCUGGGCUACCUGGAGUUGGGGAACAUGGAAUGGAAGGGCUCAGAUAAUGCCAAAGAUAAGUUCUCCCAGCCCAAGACCUUCCCUUACAGCAGCGUUCCUCCUUGCUGUUCUGAGAGGAAAACUGGGGAAGCCCAGGCUCCGCUCUACCACCAGUUCCUGGUCUAUGCCCAGGAUGCCACUCCCUCGAAACCCUGCCUUCACUCCCCCAGCCCUACCCAGAGCAUGCUGCCCACCGUCCCUCCACCAUGCACUCUCUCUCUGCCGCUUGUUUCUCCCAGAACAUUUGCUGUGUCUCAGUCUAACCAUCAGAAGCUCUCCAAUUUAACACAAGCCCCCUCCUUUCUCUCAACUCCCAAUUCUCCUCAGACGGCUUCCUCUAUCCCUUCUCAGUUCUCCACCAUUUCUCAGUCCUUAAUCCAACCUCCAAACCCUGAAAAUCAAAACCUUAACCAAGACCUUGGCCUGCAAAAGACUCCAUCCCUUGCCAAGGAUUCUGGAGUUCCCAAGAACACAGGCUUUACACAAGAUCUAGGCCUCCAGAAGAACUCAAGCCUUACCCCAAAUCCAAGACUCCAGAAAAACCCAGGCCUUACCCAAGAUCCAGGCCUCCACAAGAACCCAAGCCUUACCCCAAAUCCAGGAUUCCACAAGUUUCCAGAUCAUACUCAAGAUCUUUACCUCUGCGUGAACCCAAACAGUUCUCAAGACUCUUGCCUUCAAAAGAAUCUAGAGCUCUCUCAAGAUGCUGGCCUAAGGAGUCCAGCUGCCAUUCAAGACGCUAGUGUUCUUAGGAAUCGUCCAGCCUUGGGUGCCAUCCCACCUUCCAGUCUCCACAAGAAUGGGUUACCUAAUGAAACACCUGGCCAGCGGACUUUGAGCUUUAUGCAAGACUCUCUGGUCUACAGGAAUGCGCCAUUAAACCAAGAUACUGUAAUCAACAAAAAUAAAGACCCCCUCUCAGUGACCAACUAUAAGAGGCCAGACACCUGUCGAGAUUCUGGAGGUAACGUUACAGGAAAUAUACAACAUCCAGGAGUCUGCAGGAAUGUAGGCCUUACCCAAGACUCUAGACCACAGAAGAGUCAGCGCCAUACCGAAGAUUCUGAAGUGAGCAAAAGUUCAGGACUUACCCAGGAAUCUGGUCCCCUUAAGAGCCUAGGUCUUGUCCAAACUUCUUGUCUCCAUAAGAGCUCAGGUCUCAAACAAGACUCAGGAGACUACAAGAAUCUAGGCCUUAUCAAAGACUCUGGAAUCUGCGGAGUCCCAGAUCUUAUCCAAGACUCUGACUCCUACAAGAGUAGCAGCCUUAUCAAUGCCACUGAAACCGAAAAAAGAUCGGACAUUAACCAAGAUGUCAGCAUUUACAGUUCAGAACAUAGCCAAAGCUCUAACCUUCAGGACUGCUCAGCAACGGAUCAAGAUCCCUGUCCUCAUCAGGACCUAGCGCUUGCUCCGGGCUCCGGCUUCAAGCCUCCAGGCCUUACCCAGCAAGCUAGACCCUGCAAGGACUCAGGCCUUAUCCUAGACUCCGGCCUCACCAAAAGACAAAGCUAUGUUCCGGGUACAGAUUCUGCUCAAAUCUCAGGUUCACUUCAGCCAAUAAUGCUAACACCUUCCCCAGUGAAAUCCUUCGUGUGUAAGAUGGCUUCUCAAAAGGACAAUACCGAGCAGCACUUACCCUGGACUUCUGUCCCUGUCAAUCAAAAUUCCUGCCCUUCCAAGGCCCCAGUGAUCUCCGCGGACCUAAAAACUUUUUCAGCGGUACCUGUACUGAUUGAGCUGCAGUCACCCCCACGGCGGUUAGACAGCCAAGACUGGGUCUACCACCCUGUAGAUACAGCUCCGCCACCUUGCCAGAAGUAUCGCCAGAUGUCUAUGCCUCCCAAAAUCAACUGGAAGCCCCACUGCCCUGGACCAGGCACCCGGUCACACGGUCACGUGGUCUUUGAUUCCCGCCAGAAACCGUUAGUAACUGGAAGGGAUAAGUGUGAAGCUUUAUCUUCCAGGCGCUUUCGUCAAGAGGCGCCCAGAAACUCAAGGAGACCCAGAAGGAGUGGGGAUAUCAAAAUGUGA